CAACACGCUCACAUUCUUGCAACCAUGUCUGACACUCAGCAACAAAAAGCACUAUUCCUUCAGUCUAAGCAAGGCAAAUUCGCUGUUGGUUCGCGCAGCAUCCCGAAGCCCGGGAAGGAUGAGCUCUUGAUCAAGGUUUACUCUGCGGCCCUCAAUCCUGUCGACCAUAAAGUCCAGGAGUAUGGGGUUUUCGUCGAACAGUACCCAGCAGUACUCGGUGAGGAUAUUGCUGGUCUCGUCGUUGAAACAGGCGAAAAUGUCCGUAACUUCGCGAAGGGAGACAAAGUAUUCACCCAUGGCCAGUUCUCAAACGAUCGAUCUGCUUUCCAACAGUUCACACUCGGCGUUAUGGAUUACACCGCGAAGAUUCCGGGUAAUUUGGGAUAUGAUGACGCAGCCACUGUCCCACUGGGCUUCGACACUGCUUCGACCGGUCUGUAUAAUAGCAACAAGUAUGGGAUAGGCCUCAGGCCGCCUUGGGAAGAAGGCGGCCUUGCCAGGUACGCAGGGCCAAUUGUCAUUCUUGGUGGGGCCUCAUCUGUCGGGUCAUACGUCAUUCAGCUGGCUGUUCUCUCUGGGUUUACUCCUAUCAUUACGACAGCGUCACCCGUCCACGAAGCUUACCUGAAAUCGCUUGGCGCUACCCAUGUAAUCGACAGACACCUGCCUGCUGAUGUUCUCAAGGCUGCUAUCAGGAAAUAUUCAAGCGGCCAUAUCAAGUAUGUGUAUGAUGCUAUCUCUCUCCCCGACACACAGCAGAUUGGAUGGUCGCUCCUCGGUCAUAAAGGAUGCCUAGUUUUGACACUGCCGGCGGUAGUCAAGGAAGAAGGAGGAACAGAACGCAGAGCUGUUCAGACGUUCGGAAGCCCACAUGCGGAUGAAAACAAGUCACUUUGCAGUGGAUCGUGGGCCAUCCUUUCGGAGUGGCUUGAGAAAGGGACCAUCAAGCCCAAUAGGUACGAGGUUCUUCCGAAUGGUCUUGAAGGAAUUAUCGAGGGGUUGGAACGAAUGAAAAAAGGGCAAGUGAGCGGGUCAAAGUUGGUGGCCCACCCUCAAGAGACGAAGUGAGGGUGUCAUGACAGGAAGGUAAUCCGAGUCGUUUCAAAGUUUGAGGCAUUGAUUGAGCAUCGAUCACUGUAUUAUUAUUUUUGAAAGCAAUGGCACGUUACUGUUAGUACAAGAAACCUGUGAUCCAGAUUCUAUUGAAGCAGUAUAUUGACGCCUUCAGUAGGGGAAUGGCCUGCAGUAUCAUAUUCAGUACUUG